GUUAAGUCUUCAAAACCCGGAAAAAGAAAGAUUUAUUUUGAAAACAUAUAGGCACUACUCACACAUUCUUGUGUAUGCAUAAAUAGCUAUGAAUGAUGCAGAGACAAACUUGGGGAGGAGGUUCAGCGAUGAUACUUACUCAGGUUUCGACCUUCCGGAUCUGUACUUGUCAGAUGAAUGGAUGGACGAUGAUCUUGUCUCUGCGGUUUCAGGGAUGAAUCAUUCUUAUGGUUAUGAGACCAGUGAUAGUGCUCAUGCUGCUGCCUUCUUCUCAGGUUCCUCUAGCGGUUACGGUCAUCCCGAAUCUCCAUGUACCAACGCUUCUGUUGCCGCUGCUACACCCACCGCUUCUGCCGAAAAACAGAUUAAGAAGGAAAAGAAGAAAGUAAAAGAGAGAGUUGCAUUCAAGACACAGUCUGAAGUAGAAGUGCUUGACGACGGGUUCAAGUGGAGAAAGUAUGGGAAAAAGAUGGUGAAGAACAGCCCAAAUCCCAGAAACUACUUCAAGUGUUCAGCUGAUGGCUGUCCCGUGAAGAAAAGGGUUGAACGAGAUGGAGAUGAUCCGAGCUUUGUGAUAACAACUUAUGAAGGCUUCCACAAUCACUCAAGCAUAAACUAAGGUUCCUAAGAGUUUUCUCAACUUAUGGUUACGACGGCAUGAAUACACAGUCUGAGUAAAGAUACUGAAACCAAUACUAUUCACGUUUAUAUUUCUUAUGAAUCUGUUCUAGAGACCGAUUUUCAAAUGGUUAUUGUACUUAUGCUAUACUCAAUGUAAACUGAUUGACAAAUUUUGAACGAUUUAUGAUAUCCUGAGUCUGGAAUA